AUGUGCAACGAUAGCAAAAUCCAUGGCUUUCUAGAGAAACUGCCAAAAUGUGAACACCAUGUUCACCUCGAAGGCUGCCUGACCCCAGAGCUGAUGUUUACACUGGCUGCCCGCAACGGGAUAAAACUUCCUGAUCCAGAAACAAGACCAGAAUUCAGCUCUGCCGAGUCCCUGUACACCAGAUACGAAAACUUCACAUCACUCGAUGACUUUCUGAGCUACUAUUUCAUCGGCAUGUCAGUGCUCAAACAGCAGGAUGACUAUGAAGCUUUGGCCUGGGAGUAUUUCCAAAAAGCCAAUGCGGAUGGAGUCCACCAUGCCGAGGUCUUUUUCGACCCCCAGGAGCAUAUUAAUCGAGGAGUGCUGUAUGACACGGUAGUUUCGGGGUUUACUGCCGGAUGUCGGCGCGCUGAGAAAGAGUACGGUAUGACUACGAAGCUGAUUUUGUGCUUUGUCAAACAUCUUCCUGCGAGCGACGCUAGCAAGGUGUUUGAUUUAGCGGUGGAGAGGGGCGACUUUGAUUCAGGCGUUGUCCAUGGAAUAGGCGCCUCGUCGUCUGAGGUCGGUCCUCCAAAGGAUAUGUUCAAGGAGAUUUAUGCCACCGCACACUCAAAAGGAAUCCAAAGAACUGCGCAUGCCGGUGAAGAAGGUGAUCCGUCCUAUAUCAGUGCCGCUCUGGAUGCGUACAAGUCACAGCGAAUCGACCACGGAAUUCGGUUGAUCGAUAGUCCCAGUUUGAUGGAGCGUAUUGUCAAGGAUGAGAUCCUGCUUACUGUAUGUCCGGUGUCGAAUGUUAAGUUGCGCUGUUUUGAUCAUAUCAGCCAAGUUCCCAUUCGGAGGUUUCUGGACGCUGGUGUCAAGUUUUCGAUCAACAGUGACGAUCCAGCUUAUUUUGGAGGUUUUAUUUUGCACAAUUACUGCGCUGUGCAAGAGGCGUUUGGUCUAAGUAUUGCAGACUGGAGGCUGAUUGCUCUAAAUAGUAUUGAAGGCAGUUGGAUUGAACAGGAGCGGAAACUGGAGUUGUUGAAGCUGGUUGACGAGCACAUCGACAAGCAUCUGGCUGAUUGA